AUGGGAAAUUGUUAAGGAUAAUGUUAUUAGAAGAGUCUUAGUUAAGCAAAUAACGUUGAUUGCACAAAAUUGAUUAUUCUAGUAAAAACUUGGCAGAAGGAUGCAUUUUCAUUGUUUGAUUACGAGAAUGCAGCUAAUGUAUAGGAAUAAAAAUUUAUUGUAAUAAUCUUUAAAUUACACCUUUAGAUAGGUAACGAGGGCUAUUUGGUUGGGCGUAACUAAGUAGAAUGGAUUGAGAACGAAUCUAUAAUUAAGGAUUAACUGUGUAAAAUAAAGAAAAAAAAUGAAAACUAUUUUAUUGUAAAUCCACAUUUUCAAAAUGAUGACAAAAAGUAAUCAAUCUAAGAGAAUGAGGAAUCACAUAAUAUAGUAAACAAAACUGUGUCUGACAAGUUUGGGAAUAAGAUUUGGAAAGUGAUUCAUGAAAGUGGAGUACUUUUACAAGAAGGAGAUGUUAUAAAAUUGGGGAGAGUGAAAUUCACUAUUCGUCAGAUAGCAUUACAAAUUAAACCAUAGGAGUAGAAAUCUGAAUAUGAAUCGUCACAGUCUAAUUCAUCAGAAUAAAUUAUGUGCAGAAUUUGUUGUUCCUCUCAAAAGAGCAUUAAAAACCCACUUUUGAAUCCUUGCAAAUGUAGUGGAUCAAUCAAGUACAUACACUUGGAAUGCCUAAAAACUUGGUUAAGAAUGAAAUUAGAAAAUAGACAAAGUGACAAUUGCAUUGUGUAUUUGUGGAAGAAUUUGGAAUGUGAAUUAUGCAAAUUUAAUUAUCCUCCAAAGUUUAAGAGUGAUGAUGCAUAUUAUGAUCUAGUCGAAUUAAGUAAACCAAAUGAUUACCCUUAUUUGAUGAUGGAAUUCACAAACAAAUAAGGACAGUAGUUGGAGUGGAAUAACAGUUCUGGUAUUUACAUCUUAAAGUUUUCGAAUGUGCAAGAAUUAAAGCUUGGAAGAUCAACUGAUACAGAUAUCAGGGUAAAUGAUAUCUCUGUCAGUCGAAACCAUGCCAGGUUGAUGGUACAAGAAAAGAAAGUGUAUUUAUUUGAUAAUCACUCAAAAUUUGGAACCUUGCAUUUAAUAAGAUCUGAAAGGUUGUAGAUCUAGAGAGGAAUGGAAGUUUAGGUGGGAAGAAGUCUCAUUUCAUUUUAAUGA